GCAGUUUCUGCCGAUGACUCUGGCACAACUGAACCUGAAAGCAGUCUGGUUGUCAGAGAACCAAGCCCAGCCGAUGCUCAAGUUCCAGACUGACAUAGACUAGGCUACCGGAGAGGAGGUCCUGACUUGUUUCCUGUUGCCUCAGUUGGAGUACCAGGCUGAUGUUAUUGUGUGACUUUAGGCUGCAGUUUCUGCCGAUGACUCUGGCACAACUGAACCUGAAAGCAGUCUGGUUGUCAGAGAACCAAGCCCAGCCGAUGCUCAAGUUCCAGACUGACAUAGACGAGGCUACCGGAGAGGAGGUCCUGACUUGCUUCCUGUUGCCUCAGUUGGAGUACCAGGCUGAUGCUUCUGCAGGCAAGUCUGACAGACGCUAUCAAGACUACACUUUGUCACCCGUAGAUGCGGCCAACGAGAGCGACGACGACGACAACUGGCAGGAGAAGGAAGCCUCUCGCACGCACUCUGUCAAGUUCAGCACUGAAGAUGCUGAGUCGGAUACUGGCAAGGAGACAACACCUUUUGUACGACAGAACACACCUCACCCGAGAGAGCUAAAAGCUAAAGCUCACAAACUGUUUGGAAAAACGAAAGGCAAUGAGAGCAGAGAGUACACCGCUGAAGAUGCUGAGGAGAUGAAGAGCAUUUUCAGGACAGAACGGCUGAGCUCGAAUGAUGCUGACCAGCUGACGGAUCAGAGCUCCUACUCCGACUCUUAUCCUAAAGAAACGGAUCAAAAAGAUAGCUCCAAGGCUCCAGUGAACAACUCUGCUCUGGUGGCCUUUGACGAGGCAGAAGCAGCUGAGAACAGUGAAAUAGAUGAAGACAACACAGAAACAGAUCAGGAGAGGCAUGUUGGCUUUGACAUAACAUCCACAAUCAGGACGGCAGCACGGCCCAACCGGCUGCACCGCCGGGACACGCCUCAUCACCUCAAGAACAAACGGAUCAAUCAGUCGUCCACACUGGACAAGGACAAAGUGGCUGCCAUCAUCGCUAAUGCUAUCAGCAAGCAGCAUGACGACCCAGCGUCUGUGUCAGUGUUCCCCACUCCGCCAGGCUCCACACAUGAGUUGGACAGUACGGGAGUAGAGUUGGCCGAGGAGACUAUAGAGAUACGCCUGGAGCGCAGCGCAGGUGGGUUGGGGCUGUCCAUUGCGGGCGGCCUGGGCUCAACCCCCUUCAAGGGUGACGAUGAGGGAAUCUUCAUCUCUCGGGUGACAGAGGGCGGCCCUGCCGACCUAGCUGAUCUCAGGGUUGGAGACAAGCUGUUGUCAGUGAACGGACACUCGCUAGUGGGGGCCGACCACUACGGUGCUGUGGAGGUGCUGCGCUCUUCAGGCCACUCUCUGGUGCUAGUCAUCUCCAGAGAGGUCACUCGUCUUGUGCCCCUUCCCAAUCCCAAGAACUCCCAGAGCUCGGUGGUGGCGGGGACCGGGGACUCGGCCUGCUCCAGUCUGAGCACCAGUAGAGCACCGAGUGCCGCGUCACACAAUUCCGUCGUCACCUCGGGCUUCGAAAGUGCUACAGGGCUCAACGGACCUGUCGAUAACAAGAUAGCGAAUAAGAAGUUGUCGGACACAAAAGACGUAGAAGUGAUCAAACAGAUGGUACACACGACACUGAUACGGGACCAGAACGGGCUUGGAUUCAGCAUAGCAGGAGGCAAGGGCUGUCCACCCUUCAAGGACAACAACUCCGAGGCACUUUAUAUAUCAAGGAUCACUGAAGGAGGCGUAGCUGACAGGAAUGGAAAGCUGCAGGUUGGCGACAGGAUAGUCUCUAUAAAUGGUGUGGACAUGGACGGUGCGAGACACGAGCAGGCAGUCGCGAUGUUGACCAGCCUGGAGCGGUACAUGCGGCUAGUGUGUGAGCGGGAGGUGGUGGUGCCCAGGGGUGCCCCCCGACCUUCCCCCAGCCCUGUACUCAACAGCUUCGGCAAGCCAGCGUACACCAGCCCCUACCUGCCUGGCAGCACAGCCGGUCAGAACAAGCCAGAAGCUGCCGUCGCCGCACCCAGACCCAUGCCGCGGAAACUGACAUCCACGUCGUCCGUUACCUCGGACACUGAGCCCCCGCAGCGAACAAAACCUGUGACCAAUGAAGAGUUUCAAGCGAUGAUUCCUGCCCGAUUUCUUCCAAAUAGGGACCAAUCGGCGUCCGAACCCACCACUUUGGUCACCCUAACGAUAAAAAAACCAGAUCACAAUUUGCCAAACGGCAUAGAGUUCCCCGAGGCUCCGACGACCCUUGGUAAAGUGACGGAAACUAUCACGAAAAGUACCCUGACGGAAACGGUUGUGACGAGGGUGACAGACAAUCAGCUGGUGGCACCUGUCAUUAUUGAGGAUGUCACCUUGGUCAAGUCAGGUGGAUCUCUGGGGUUCAGUAUAAUUGGAGGGACAGACCACUCCUGUAUUCCGUUUGGUAGUCAUCAGUCCGGAAUCUUUAUAUCUCACGUUGUUCCGGGAGGCAUUGCUCACAGUUCCGGCAAGCUGCGCAUGGGCGAUCGGAUUCUGGCUGUCAACGGAGAAGACAUCACACAGUACAACCAUCAGGAUGCGGUCAUGACUCUGCUCAAGCCUGGUGACGAGAUCAAUCUGAAGAUACAGCACGAUCCACUCCCUGAGGGCUUCCAGGAGCUGACAUUGGUUAAGGAAGAAGGCGAGAAACUCGGAAUGCAUAUCAAGGGUGGCCUUAGGGGUCACAGAGGAAAUCCCCUGGAUAGAACGGACGAGGGAGUGUUCAUAUCCAAGAUAAACUCUGGGGGAGCAGCCAAGCGUGACGGCAGGCUGAAGGUGGGACUGCGGCUCCUGGAAGUCAAUGGAGUUUCUUUGCUCGGUGCUUCUCAUCAAGAAGCAGUCAACGCACUAAGGAAUUCUGGGAAGGCUAUUCAUCUCGUUGUUUGUAGAGGCUAUGACAAGACAGAAGUUGACAGGUUACUUGCGGAAGGGAAACUUAUCAAGGAGAAGUCUGAGAGGUUGUCGCUGUCGCAGAGCGUGUCCAGUUUAGACAGGGAUGAUGACUCUUCUGACACAUUUAAGCAGGAGUUGGAGAUGAAGAAGGAGCUGGUAGAGUGGGAGAAAGAGGAGAAGGAGAAGCGAGAGACGAUGGAGGUGGCGGUGGUCGAGGUCGAGAGGGAGAAGACGGCAGGGGACAAGGUGAUGGACGUAGUGCGGGCGGCCGAGCUGCUGGCCGCGCAAGGACAGCUGGAGACCCCACGAUCGCCCGGGGGCCCUCAGUCCACGGCCACAGACACACUCAAGACCACUACGAUCGUCAUGAGCGGGCAUACGUUGGCUCCACAACUCUCGCCCGAAGCAGUGAAGUCCAUAAAACCCCAUAAGGUUGAACCCCCUGUCCCUGCAUCUAAUCCCACAUUUCCAGUAGUUUCUAUUGCCUCUUCUGUUCCUAUUGUCUCUCCACCCCUCCAAGUCUCUCCUGUUUCAGUUCCUUCCCCCUCAAAUGUUGGCACGAUGAGACCUGCUUCUAUGCCCUCUACUCAAGCCGAUGUACAAAGAGAACAAAAACUUUCUCAAGUUCAAACUAAAGUACCUGACGUUGAUAAUAAGUUUGACAUGGAAAGUGAAUCAGAAACAGGGAGUUCAGUUGACAGUUCGGAAUAUUCCACAGAAACAGAAACUGAAACUGACGAUGAAAAGGGCGAAGAAAGUGUACAAAAAUCUAACAGCAAGGCCUCGCCAAAUUCUCAGCCAUCAAUAGAAAAAUCUGGAAGAACUAAAGAAAUACCAAUUGAGACACAAUUAGAUUUUCCUGUAGAAACCAAGAAAGAAUACAAAUCUGAACUGAAUAUUCAAGUUACACCUAAGCCAUCCAAUUAUACUCCUCUUAUUUCUAAAAUCACAGAUACAAAUUCUAAUGUUCAAAUUAAACCAGUAAAGUCGUCCGAUGAUACGGUUGUCGUUACCAAAGUCAAAUCAUUUGAACAGCCGCCAUUUUACAAGUCUGCCGAUCAGCUACAAACCUCCAAUUACAACACAUUUCCGCUGUCAAGUGGCAUCAAAAAACAAGACAGGUCAGAAUCAAACGUAACAUUGCCCAGGACAGGAAGAAACGUAAGGUUUGAAGAGAUGCCAAAUGUUAGGAAUAUAAUGGAACUUGACCAUACUAUUCACAAAAAACCACCACCUCUGUCCAAUGUCAGUAAAUCCAUGCCAUCGCUUAACUCACCAAAAUCAGAGCAUAAAUUUCUCACUUCAAUAACUGAAAUACCAAGCCCCAGUCAUGUUGAGUACACUAAUAUUCAGCCGACAUACGCACAGUCUCUAGUUCAUACAGUUGCCCCGACAUCUCAGGUAUAUCCUUCCCAGGCCCCCUACAGAGUCUCCUCCCAGUUGAGUCAUCCACCAGGUAACAUUCCUCAUAUGUUUCAUGGACAAGCCCCUGUCAUGCCUAUCAUCUCUAAUGGUAUCGCCUACAUACCAGUGCAGAUGUCUUCUCCUCCAGUUCCCACAUAUUUCCCUCCAAAUUCUUUUCCAUUUUACUCACCUACUUCACCAAAGUCUCUGCGAGGUGGACCAUUCUCACCAACUACACCGAAGCCACUGCAUGAUCAACAUUUCAACCAGCAAAGUCAUCAUAGCCAUUUUCCUUUUCCAUCCAACAAAACCCCUUCAAUGCAUUCGUACCCAAAUCAAACUGAACAAACGGUGAGUGAACCCUCCAGUAGUUACCCUGCACCAAGUUUCAACAGUAUGAUUCACUCUAACCAGGAUUACUUCAGCUCGCACUCAUUUCAAGGGUACAAUCCAGAGAGAAUGCCUCAACCAGGAGAUUCAGUGGGAAGUUCCUCGGCAACUUCAAGUUUUGUUACUCCAUUUCAUCCCAUUCCGUACGGACAUCCACAAAGCUUGCCAAACAAUAGCCAACAACAGUUUCCAAGUUACAACUCUGUGUACUCAGAUCAGUACCCAAAAAGUACAUUUUCUUCACAUAAACAUUCCUCCGAAGUUCAGUCUGAAUCACUGACGAAUCUUCAAUCUAAACACGAAGAGAGUCAUAGACAUCAAACAACAUCGUCACCUUCAUCACUUCCAUUUCUCACAAGGUCAACUGGAUCAAAUUCAUCUGAAAAUCAAAGGGACCCUUCUUCAUCAUCAUCGGUUUUCGAAAGGAGGGAAACCACGCCGAAAGCUCCUAGGCCAAAGUCAGAAGUUUUCAGUCAAAAGAAACUUGUAGAAUCAUCCGCAAGGCUUGCAUUUUUGAAUAAAAGCCUGGAGAAUGUCAAAACAGAAACAAAAGACAUUUUUGAGUCAACUGAUAGCCGAGAAUAUACGAUGACGAGAGUCAGUGAAACUACUACAGUUGAGAAGCAAAGCCAAGCAUCAGCCACUCCCACUCCUCCUCCACCUCCUGUUAACUAUUCCACCCUCCCCUCACCCCACCUCUCCUCCCCUUCUUGGAUGGAGAUCUUUGAGUCUACUCCACCAUUACUUGAAGGUUACGGUCUUCACAGUACCACUGUCACAACGCAUCAGAGUGGUCAGCCAGUGCCAGCAGCUCCUCCGGCACCACCCCCAGCAGCUCCUCCGGCACCACCUCCAGCAACCCCCGUACAAGCUCCUCCGACCAACGCCAACACCGCUUCUGUCAGUGACAAGAAAAAGUUCUUUGAGAAGGCCAUGGAAGAGUCCCACCACCCUUCACCCAAACCAGAAAGAGUAUUUGCCUUUUUGAGCCAGGAUGAAGUAGAAAAAAUGAAGCAAGAAGAAGACAAGAAGAUAGCAUCGCUGUCGAGAACAGAGCUGAAGACCUGGAGUCAUCACACAGACGAUGAGGAUGUGGCCAUGGAGCUGGAGUCUGACAAACGCUCAGUGCCAAGUCCCACAGACACCUUAGUCAGCAUGGGCAGCAUCCGCACAGCCAAGGCAGAGAGGAGGAUGAAGGAACGUCUCUUGCAAGAGGGUUUGUUGAGUGACGAAGACGACACAGACUUAUCCCCUGCAGAACAAAGGGCCUUGAGAGCCGAGAAAAGAGCGGCCUGGCGACAAGCUCGUCUCAAGUCUCUGGAACAAGAUGCCCUCCAAGCGCAGAUGGUGAUCAAGAAGAUGAGCGAGAUGAUUGGAGGACGGACUGUGGAGGAGCCAGCUGAUAACAACAACCAGCCGACAACUGACCACCAGAACAACAUCUCUGAGUGCCUGAGACCUUCUAGUGAUGAUUUCCCCAAGCUAGCGGUGAGGCACUCGCCGGGACCGACGAGGGUGAGGGAGUCGGAGCGCGUGGUGGGCGAGACCAUCACCACCAAGACCGAGGAGUACACGGACGAGGAGACAGGACUGGUCCGUGUCAGGACUGUUGAGAUAGUUGAGAAACUCAUUGAGAAAGAGGUGGAGACCACUCGAGAGAAGAUCAUCUCUCUGGAGUUGAGUACGCCGGAAAGAGGCGAGGGAGAAGGAGGAGAAGAGUCCGAGCACUCUGCCACGUCGCCCACUUCUCCCCUCCCACCGUCCGAGGAGGCCACCACCAAGAGACGCAGAAGGAAAAAGUCUAAAAAAAGCAAUCAGUGAAAUGUCGAAUAUAAGAAUUCAGUCCCAUAUCACGGUUUGGUAGGAGCCACCCUCACUCGACCCACGAGUUUAGUUUUUACUCAUGAUUUUUUUUUAACUAUAAGACAUCUUCCACUAUGUAAUCCAUUCCCAUUCUUAACAUAGACUCACUCUUAGUAUAAAUAUAAAGUGUAAUAUAUAAAUUAAAAUGAUAAUUUAAAAUAUUUUAUAAAACAGGUGUUAUAAUUUACAUGUAAGUUUUAUUACGUUACAAUGUUGUUUUAAUGUUGUAAGAUGUAUAAUUUUAUGUUAGCAUCACGAUAUCAUUAUUUUUUGGUGAUUUUAAGAGAUUUUAUUCUUGUUUUAUUGUAAAAAUAAAACAUCUUAUUAUUUAUGUUAAAUGUUUAUUUGUACAUGGUAAUUUUUAUGUGUUAUAAUUUAUUGUCGAUUAGAAUAAUUGUGAUUGAAACCUACAACCUAUGCAGUAUUUGAUUAGUAAGAUCAAGUAAUCAACUGAAAACGUAAUCGUGUGGUGAACAUUUUUGUAUGCUGUCAUAGAAGGUAAUUUUUUAUAUUAGUUAUCUUACAUUCUGCACUGACUACUAAACAUAUAAAAGUUAUUAUUUGUUGUAAUUUUGUUAAUUGAUUACAAAUUAAGUUAUUCUUGUUAUAGUUAUUAAUUAUUAUAAUUUAUUGUAGUCAACACAAAUGCAACUAACAAAUUAUUUAAAUUAUGUAUAAAUUAAGUACAACUCGGAUGUUGUAAGGACAACCAAGUUUAUUCUAAUUGUUUUAAUUUAUUAUCUCAAACUUAUAUGUUAAUGCUUUCAAAAGUGAUUAGGUUCUAUUUUAGUAACUUUAUAGGCCUAAACUUGUAAUAGACCACAUAAAAACCCAGUAACAUUGUUAACGCAUAAAAAUGUGAAUUUUAUUUUAGUCAUUUUUUGACAUACAUGUGUACAAAUGACAGAAAAAGUUUAUCGAUGUAUUGGCUUAUAUAUGUAGUAUUCAUUGUACUCAAAUUUGUUGGUGUUGGUAAAUCAAAUCUUAAUAAAUUCAAAACUUUGAAGUGUAAAAUAGUAAUAGAAUUAAAAUAGUAUUUUUUUAAGAUCAUCCGGAAGUACUUUAAACUAGCGUACAAAUUUAUGUAACAUGUUUUUAAAUUACGAGUUUUUAUUUAAUUGAUACCAACUUGUGAAUGUUCCCUUGUAAUGAACUUACAGUAUUUGAUGGUUCCUUUCUCACUUGUAAAAGACGAAUCAACCUAGGGAUGAAAUCGCACUGUUAUUUUACAGCAGGUAUCCUCAUUAGAAAAUGAGUAGAAUUACGUUCAUAAAUUUCUACGUUGCAUUUGAAUUUUUGACUAGGUGUUCAUAAAACCAACCUUGCAUUUUCAUUUUGUGACACAAGCAUAAAAAGAAUUGUGUGACCGUUGAAUAGGUCUUGAACAGUCAUACACCUGAUGGUCAUUCUUUCGUUUAUUCUAAUUGUACGACAGGAAGGCUGCCAAGUUGCUGAAUAGCAAGUCCUAGCACCAAAUAGAUUAAAAAUUAACAAAAAAGAUUUCAAAACUAUUCACACCACUUCUGACACAGGACGUACUUAGUGUUCUACUAAAAAUUCGUGUUACUCUUCAAUUUGUGUAAUUUAUCAUACGUGUUCCUUAAAAUAUUUUAUAAAAACCCAUCUCACAAAUUUGAACCAAGAUCAUCCUCUAUAAUUGUUUUGUGUAAGCUGGAAUUUCAGAUAAACCGAAAUUGCUUCCCUAGUUUAUAUAAUAAGUACCAUUUCCAUUUUAUAAAGAUUGUUUUUUUUUUUAUCUCGCAAUAUGAAAAUGAUAGUAUGCUUACAGUAUGUACUUAGAGGAUUAAAAAUAAUAAGUUCAUACUUUACUAAUUAUGUUUAUACUCCGUAGGCUACAUAAUUAUUAAAAUGUUAUUUUUUUAGUUACUCUUUUAGAGAAUUUACGUAAACAAUAAUAUAUUCGUUAAAAAUCCGUCAUAUUAUUUUAGUACAAUCUUAAAAAUUCAAGAUGGUUUGAAUCUAUUUUCCCUAAACUUUGAGAAAUAUUUGAAAUAUCCUUGUUUUUAUCAAUUAUUUUAAGUAAAGUGAAAGUUGUAAUGAGCAACAAAGUUUAGACGAACAUUCUGAUCUCCAAAUUAGAGAGAUGUUUGUUUUUAUUGGUCAGAAACUCUGCAAAAAUAUCAGUACAAAUCGUACUGCAUGAUUCGAAAAUCAAACAGUAUUACAAAUUAUAUAAAAAAUAUUUCAAACUAAAGUGUGUUGAAAAAUGUAUAUUGCUAAAUAUCAAGUGUAAAAUGAUAAACAAUUUUCUGCUACCAUUGAGAUGUUUGUGUACUGUAGUAAUAAAAUGGGAUAAAAAAAGUAUUUUGAUCAAAACCAAUAUUUCUUCAAGAUGUAUUUAAAUUGAAAACUUGAUAUCUUACAAAUGUUAUAACGCCCUUUGAUCAAAAAUGACUUGAGCAAGGUGUAUUAUUACCAUUUUACUUAAAUCCCAAUAGUGGCGUAACUAGGGCGACUUGUGUGGGGGGGGGGGAGCACACCAGACCGGAGGUGUGGAAUAAAUCUAAAUUUUAAUAAAUUAUGUAUUUAUUAUGCAUCAUGUAUUUCAAACAAGCUGGUUUGCUGUUAUACAUUUUUUUAAUUUUUAAGGGGUUUUUGGGGUGUACUAUCCCCCUCAUUAUCUCCUUUAGUUACGCCACUGGACUACCAAUAAAAACUUUGAUUAUACUUAGAAAUUUUGAUCACUUGUUUAGUACCCAACAAAGUUAACAAGUUUUUCAAGUGUACUCCAAGAAGCCGCUUACGGUUUUUCAAAUGCUCUGUAGAUUUUCUCAAUGUCUGUUAUUUUUGCCUGCUUAUAAGUUCAGUUUCCAUGCCUCUGGUUGUACCGCAUGGGGUGUUCGUUGUGAUGGCAAGGGCUGGUUUACAUUUUUAUUUUAAAUGUAACAAUUAUUCCUCACAAAGCUUGCACCGUUUUCGUUCCGUUUACAGUCUUGACCAUUUGUUCAAACUGCAGCCACGCACUGCGGAUUGUAGUGAAUGUGAGAACAGGAAUUGGUGUAUUUAUUAGUGUGAAACAAACUUAAAACAUUCCUUUCUUUCGUAAUUUUAAUUUUGUAUUCCUUGUGGGUGAUUUAGAUUCAGUUUCUGUCUCGAUGAAGAGAACUGUUCUUUCCUUCGGUAAUUGAUUUUAAACUGGAGCCAAAGCCAAAAGUGACAAUUCUGCCCAUCAUGUGCCUUUCUAUAUCAGAGCAGUCUUGUAGCAUUCCGUGUUCCAUAGGCUAGCUUAGUCGGUUACUAAGUCUAAAUCUAAAUAUUUAUAUUUUUUCUUGUACAUAACCUCAGUAUCUUGCAAGUGUACUGGUAGCCCUUAGACUUUUGAAUAAGAUUUUUUUUAUUGAUAUCAAUAAUUACAUACAACUACCGUCCAUACUAAGUUUACUUUCAGCCUUAGUUUUAAUCUGUGUACUGAACAUCAAUAGAGUAAACAAAUUGUAAUGUACAUUGUAAUUCAUUUUCAAAUAUGAUGUUUGGGAAUAUAAUUAAAAAGAUGAUUAUAAAUA